AUGGAGAGCGACCAAGGCGGCUGGCAAACCGCCAGCAAGCGCCAGAAGCGUACUCACGGGGACGCUGUAGGCAGCGACAGCGAGGUGGGCCCCGCCCCCCCUUCCCCCCAGCCCGCAGGCUCCACGGAGCCACCUGCGGCAGAGACCAAACGACGAAAGAUCAAGCCCCUUUUCGUCUUCUUAGACCAGGGGCACCAAUACCCUCGUGUCUACAAGGCACUGAAGGACUCGCUGGCAGAGAAAUUCAUCUGCCAGAACCGCGGCCGGAACGAGAUAAUGGUCCACACAGGGUCCAUUACUGACUACCAUCGGGCAGUAAAAGCCCUGCAAGCCAUAGGCGCCCAGCACUCCGUCCUGCUUCAGCGGGACGAAGUGCCCAAAAAAUUCGUGUUGCGUGGCAUCCACCACGACACGCCUCAGGACUUCCUGCAGCAGGAGUUCGCUGCACUGAGCCUCCCUGUGCAAAACUGCUGGUUCUUGGAGAACCGGCAGCGGUUCCAGAAAUGUGACGCACUCGUAAUAGAAGUGCCCCAGUCAUGCCCGACUGAGACAAUUCAAGCCCUGCAGGAAUUCGCAGGCAUGAAAAUCCGCGUCGAUGACUACCGACGCCCGUCAGGUCCUGUUCAGUGCAGCAAUUGCCAGCGUUUUACACACGUUGGCAAGGGCUGCGCUGCAAAUGUUGUCUGCCGAUGGUGCAGCGGCCCACACAAGGCCACUGAGUGCCCAAAUGGUGGCAACCCGGAGCACAAAAAAUGUGCUCUGUGUGAGGGCAAGCACUGCGCCAACUACAGGGGGUGCAGUGAAUAUAAGAAGGAGACCCGCAGGCACCUUCCCCCGGACGUCCGCAAGGCGCGCGAGCAGCAGUCUCGCCGCGACAUCCAGGCCAACAAGCGAGCCGAGGUGCAGGCUCAGGCAGAACCCCUGGGGCCCGAGGCACCCCCGCCCCCCACCUUCGGGGACUACAUGCUGCAAGCGGGCGUCAACACUUACGCCCCCUUGCAGCAGCACUGGGAGGCCAGCCAUGAUGACAUGGCCUACCCUGCCCUGGCCAACAACCCCCGCCCCCGCGGACAGCGCCAGACCCAGCCCAAAAAUAACUGGACUGGGCACAAUAAUGGCAAUGGCAAGCCACGCCAGCCCGCCCAAGACAAGCUGCAGUCCACACAGGCUGCAGCUGCAGUCCCGCCCAAGCAGGCCCCCCGGCCCGCCCCGCGACAGGCGGAGCCCGCCCAGAGGCAGCCUGCGCCUCCCGCGGCCGAGCACAUGGCCGUGGACGCAGCUCCAGUGGUGCAAACUGCCCCAGCUGCUCCCGCCCCCAGCGCCCAGCCCCUACAAAUGGAGGAUAUGCAAAAUAUCCUCCAAACGAGCAAGGCCUUUCAGGCCAGCAGUCACAUGAGGCAGGCUCUGGCACCACUGUGCCAACUGAUUGCCAUCUGGUGUGACCUGUCCAAGUCCAUGGCCGACAAGCUUCGUGCGACCAUGGACUGCUGCGUUGCGCUCGCUGACGAGCUCACUGGCAGCGAAUAA